AUGACUGACCCUUUCUGUGUGGGCGGAGGCCGCCGGCUCCCAGGGUCCAGCAAGAGUGGACCUGGGAAGGAUGCAGGUCGGAACGAGGUCCAACUUCCAGUGUUGCAUGACCCACCCAAGCUUGGGGUGCCGGUGGUCAGAGGUGGCCAGAUGCCCAGCCAGGCCCUGCUCUGCUUCGACCCAGGAAGUCCAGCCAGCGACAGAAUGGAAGGGAAGAAGAAGGGACGGCCGAAAGCUGAGAACCAGGCACUCCGAGACAUUCCCCUCUCCCUGAUGAACCAGUGGAAAGAUGAAUUCAAGGCCCACUCGAGGGUGAAGUGUCCAAACCCAGGGUGCUGGCUGGAGUUCCCCAGUAUCUAUGGCCUCAAGUACCACUAUCAGCGGUGCCGAGGGGGUGCCAUCUCAGAAAGGCUGACUUUCCCCUGCCCCUUCUGCGAGGCUGCAUUCACCUCCAAGACUCAGCUGGAGAAGCAUCGGAUUUGGAACCACAUGGACCACCCCCUGCCUGCCCCCAAGCCCGGGCCUGUCAGUCGACCAGUCACCAUCAGCCGGCCCGUCGGUGUCAGCAAACCCAUAGGAGUGAGCAAGCCUGUCACCAUCAGCCGGCCUGUGGGUGUCAGCAGGCCCAUGCCGGUCACCAAGCCUGUCACAGUGAGCAGGCCUGUGCCAGUCACCAAGUCCAUACCGGUCACCAAGCCUGUGCCAGCCACCAAGCCUGUCACACUCAGCAGGCCCAUGCCAGUCAGCAGGCCCAUGCCUGUCACCAAGCCCACACCAGUCACCAAGUCCAUGCCGGUCAGCAAACCCAUGCCGGUCAGCAAACCCAUGCCAGUCAGCAAGCCAGUGACAAUCAACAAGCCGGUGCCAGUGGCCAAACCAGUACCGAUGACAAAGCUCGUGACAGUUACGAAGCCUGUGCCAGUCAGCAGGCCAGUUGCCAUCGGCAGACCAACACCACCCUGCAAAAUGGUGCCGUUGACCAAGUCUGAGAGCAAAACUCCUCGUGCUAUGGGGAGGAACAGUGGUAAGAAAAGGGCUGCCGACAGCCUGGAAGCCUGUCCUGUGCCGCCCAAGCAGGUGAGGCCAGAGAAUGGGGAGUGCGGACCGUCCACCACAGGCCAGAGUUUGGGGUUCCAGCUGAGUGCAGAGCCCCCUAGCAGCCCCCUCUCCCUGGGAAGCAGGGCCUCAGGAGGCAAGGAGACUCCUCGGGCCACAGGCCCCACAUUCCUGCCAGAGGAGGAUCCAGAGCGAAUGAAACACAGAAGGAAACAGAGAACCCCCAAGAAAUUCACAGGAGAGCAGCCGUCCAUCUCUGGGACUUUUGGACUCAAAGGCCUGGCCAAGGCAGAGGACAAAGCCCGCAUCCAUCGUGCCAAGAAACAGGAGGUGACAGGCUCCGAGGGCAUUCAGAAGAAAGUACUAGCCACUGCCAACAAGGAGGUGCCAGCCCCCAUGGCCCACCCAGCCUCAGGUGGCCCCGAGGAGCAGUGGCAGCGGGCCAUCCAUGAGCGGGGUGAGGCCGUUUGUCCCACCUGCAGCGUGGUUACCCGCAAGACCCUGGUGGGGCUCAAGAAGCACAUGGAGGUGUGCCAGAAGUUGCAGGAUGCGCUCAAGUGCCAGCACUGCCGGAAGCAAUUCAAGUCCAAGGCGGGCCUCAACUACCACACCAUGGCCGAGCACAGCGCCAAGCCCUCUGACGGCGAGGCCUCGGAGGGGAGUGAGCAGGAGGAGCGGGAGCGGCUGCGCAAGGUGCUCAAGCAGAUGGGGAAACUGCGCUGCCCUCAGGAGGGCUGCGGGGCUGCCUUCUCCAGCCUCAUGGGCUACCAGUACCACCAGCGGCGCUGUGGGAAGCCGCCCUGCGAGCUGGACAGCCCCUCCUUUCCCUGUGCUCACUGUGGCAAGACGUACCGCUCCAAGGCUGGUCACGACUACCACAUGCGCUCAGAGCACGCAGUCCCGCCCCCCAAGGAGCCUGCAGACAAGCCUUCUGAGGCCGAGGACUUACUGGGCGUGGAGCGAACACCGAGUGGUCGUAUCCGGCGGACGUCGGCCCAGGUCGCUGUAUUCCACCUGCAGGAGAUCGCAGAGGACGAACUGGCCCGAGAUUGGACCAAACGGCGCAUGAAGGAUGAUCUCGUGCCUGAGACCGCACGGCUCAACUACACACGGCCAGGCCUUCCCACACUUGACCCCCAGCUGCUGGAAGCGUGGAAGAACCAGGUCAAAGAGAAAGGCCAUGUCAAUUGCCCCAACGAGUGCUGUGAGGCCAUCUACUCCAGCGUGUCCGGCCUCAAGGCCCACCUCGCCAGCUGCAGCAAGGGGGAUCACCUGGUGGGGAAGUACUGCUGCCUGCUAUGUCCAAAGGAGUUCAGCUCCGAGAGCGGUGUCAAGUACCACAUCCUGAAAACCCAUGCGGAGAACUGGUUCCGGACCUCGGCAGACCCCCAGCCCAAACACAGGAGCCAGGACUCUCUGGCACCUCCGAAGGAGAAGAAGAGAAGUGGGGGGGGUGGGAAGAAGCGAGGUCGCAAGCCCAGGGAGCGGCCCCCCGAGGAGCCUGCGGCCAAGCUUCCUCGACGUGAAGACUGGCCCUCAGGAGGCAGAGACAAAGGGGGCCGGGGCCCCACGGGCCGGAAAGUGGGGGCUGGCAAGGCGCCUGAGAAAUGA